AUGGCAGUUGAAACCGCUUCCGCCGGCGAGGCUACUCCCCCCUUCCCUUCCUCCUACUCUGCGCAACCUACCCCUCCUCACGCCCCCGCCUACCCUCCUGAUCCACGUUUCGCCGCUCAUCCAGGGUAUCAACCACCUCCGCCCCCCUACGAAAGUGCAGCCGCGGCGUAUCCCCCGCCUGUCCCCCCCUACGGAGCAGCGGGAGGAGCAUCGGCAAGCCCACGUGCGGCGGAGAGAUCACCAUCACCUCCUAAGUCUGAGGGGUUUGCCAUGCCUAAGAAUUCUGGCGAUGGGUUGACAGCAGCAGAGCGGAUGAUGAUGAAGAUGGGAUGGAAGGCUGGGCAAGGGCUGGGUAAGCAGGAGCAGGGUAUCACCACUCCUCUCAUGGCAAAGAAGACCGACAAGCACGGAGGAGUGAUUGUUGCUGCCAAGCCACUGAAGAAAGGGAGUGGAGGGGAGGGAGGGGAGAACAAUGCUGCUGGUGCUGGGGGAAAGAGAACGAAACUGGGUGGUGUGGCACUCAAUGGGCCUCCGUCGAAGGUUGUCCUGCUACGAAACAUGGUUGGUCCUGGAGAAGUGGAUGAAGAGUUGGAAGAGGAGGUGGCAGGUGAGUGUCUCAAAUAUGGCACUUCUGUGGAGAAUAAGGAGCCAAGAAAGUCCACAGUCAAGGAUCUUGCGAAGAAAUUUGACAUCAAGCCUAAUUUAUUGGUUCAGGGGCCCAAGGUCGUCUCUAGGCAUUAUGAUUCAGAAUUGGAAGAACUGAAGACUCGUUUGGAAAAACUUCAUCUUCUGCUGGAUCCCAGCCAGCGUGAUGAAGUCGGCUCAAUCUUGGAGAUUGUUGGCAAGGCUUUGCGUCGGAGGUCCAGCGACCGCUCGGAAAACAAAUGGACGGAAAUUUCGCUUAAGUCAACAGACCUGCAAACCCAGGCUAGUGCUAUCUUACAGGGAGAUGAUGAUGCGCUUUUAUCCCUGCUCGCAUCAAAGGGGGAAGAGGUUUCGCGUCUUAAGGCAGAAGUGAUGGAGCUCAAGUCUCGCAUGGUGGGCGAGCGAGGGAUUAUGAGAUACGAGAUUCAAGGAAGUGAGGAGCUGGGGAGCCUCCUGUUCGUGGUUGCAUUGUCUGAUGAUGUGGCGCACCCAUCCCAGUGCAACAUUCGCUGGUAUCGAUCCAGCAAAGAUGGGAGGCAUACUCAGCUUAUCAUAGGCACCCCUGACUUGUCACAACAGGUGGCGUUUCUUAUGGGGAUUGAGGUGGCGUUUCUUAUGGGGAUUGAGGUGUGGCAUUGGCAGUUUUAUGGGCUUCGGUGGAGCACCAAUUCUUCUUCUCUUGGUGCAUGCUGGGUUCCGCGCAAGGGUGUGAUGUUCAACAUCAUGUUCCAGUCCAUCACAGAGAGGAACAUAGCCAUCCAAGUAGCAAGAAGCUAUGCCAGCAAACUGAAGGUUGAUGUAUCAGGGCCAGAAGGACAUUUCCAUGGUCAUGAUGAAUGA